CCCUUUCUCUCUUCUCUCUACUCUGUCGUCUCUAUGCUUACCUCUUUCUUUCUUCCCUUCUUCACUUUUUCGUGAGGAAAAACCAAAGCAAUGCCCGAUCAUCCCACUCCCACCAUGAAUGACCAACUCUCCAACCCAACCUCCAUCUUCGGUCUCCGUUUAUGGGUUGUUCUCGGCGUUUGCGUUGGCGUUGCCAUCGUCCUUCUCCUCUUCCUCAUCUCUAUCUGGCUCGCUUUCAAGCGUUCCAAGACCAACCCUUCCAUCCCAGAUGUUUCCAAGGAGAUCCAAGAGAUCAGACUCGACCAUGCCCUCAACCUAAACGGCCCUCCACUUCAACCCGACCCUUUUCCUGAACCCGACCCACUUCCCUCCAACGAACGCCAGGCCCUGCUGACACUACUUCCCCCCGAAGAAGAUAACCCGUUGGGGUAUAACAGAAUUCAGUUUGAGAUUGGGAAGAACCAUAGGAUUUCAUACCCUGAACGUGCCUUUGUUAGGUCCAGUUCACAUGACCCGAGUGGAGAGGCUCGACCCGUGGAUCAGGUUCCUAUGGUGAUUCCUGAAGUUUCUCAUUUGGGUUGGGGCCAUUGGUACACUCUCAGGGAGCUUGAGGAUUCCACCAAUGGCUUCGCACCUGAGAAUGUUAUUGGUGAAGGCGGCUAUGGAAUCGUUUACCAUGGUAUCUUGAAGGACAAUAGUCAUGUUGCUAUUAAGAAUUUGCUCAAUAAUAGGGGACAAGCUGAGAAGGAGUUUAAGGUUGAAGUGGAAGCUAUAGGACGAGUUCGCCACAAGAAUUUAGUGAGGUUACUAGGUUAUUGUGCUGAAGGAGCUCAUAGAAUGCUUGUGUAUGAGUACGUUGACAAUGGUAACUUGGAGCAGUGGCUGCAUGGGGAUGUUGGGCCUUGCAGUCCUCUGACUUGGGAAAUUCGAAUGAACAUUAUUCUGGGAACGGCAAAGGGGUUAACUUAUCUUCAUGAGGGGCUGGAACCAAAAGUUGUUCACCGUGAUAUUAAAUCAAGCAACAUUUUGCUUAAUAAGCAGUGGAAUUCAAAGGUGUCAGACUUUGGCCUUGCCAAACUACUUGGAUCUGAGAGCAGCUAUAUUACAACCCGUGUCAUGGGUACAUUUGGAUAUGUAGCUCCUGAAUAUGCAAGUACUGGCAUGUUGAAUGAAAGAAGUGAUGUUUAUAGUUUUGGAAUUCUUAUUAUGGAAGUAAUUACAGGCAGGAAUCCAGUUGAUUAUAGUCUGCCUCCAGAAGAGGUGAAUUUAGUUGACUGGCUCAAGAAGAUGGUUAGUAACAGAAAUCCAGAGGGAGUGUUGGAUCCCAAGCUCCCUGAGAAACCAACUUCAAGGGCACUAAAGCGGGCCCUUCUUGUAGCCUUACGCUGCACAGACCCUAAUGCACAAAAGCGGCCUAAAAUGGGGCAUGUAAUACACAUGCUCGAAGCUGAAGAUUCCCCUUACAAAGAGGAUCGCAGGGCUAGAAGGGAUGCAGGACAUUUACUUAACAAUAGAGUAGAGGAUGGAUUGAAAGAGGAGGUGACUGUAUCGGUUGAUGAUUGUAAGCUUGAUAACGGGAUGUGUGCCAAUGAGACAAGAUCAAACCAUCCAGUAGAAAAGCAAUAAAUUUGCAUAGCUGUCUCUUUAAUGACCAAAAAGCUUUUGGUACCCGUCCUCCCUUUACAACCUGUCACUGCAAAAGCCUAAACAAUUUGCAUCCAUCGGGCCUUUAACAUAUUUUGCUCUAGGCUCUUUGCGCGAUCUAUACCUCGGCCUACACUCACAUAACCCCACAACGAGAUUUCUCCGAUUUCUCUCUGUCCCAUGUCUUUUAUAAGGGAUGAUUGUAGCUUGAGGUUGGUCAUGUAAAUUUUAGCCAUAUUGUUCGAUUCAUCUAAUAAAAGAAUGUCAUGUU